CUUCUUUUGUCUAUCUCUACUUCUGUCUUGUCUCAAGCAGUACAAGAAAUGGACUGGUGAGGAUUUCUUGAGAAUGGCCAGUUUUUAAACCGUGUCUCGAGUGCCAGUUGGGCAUGGAUUCGGAGUCCUGUACCCGAGCUUUCUCCCAAGCCCGAGUGUAUCUUGAGCAGAUUCGAAGCCGGGUCGCACCAGGGGGUGUUGAUGUACAUGGAACUGGGAAGCGAGACUACCUGGUGGAUGCUGCGAAGCAAAUCCGUCUGGCUUUGGAGCGGGAUGUAAGCGAGGAUUAUGAAGAAGCAUUCAACCACUACAAGAAUGGUGUGGAUGUGCUCCUCAAUGGGGUGCAAGUUGAUCCUAACAAGGAGCGCCGUGAAGCUGUGAAGCGGAAGAUCACCCAGUAUUUGAAACGUUCAGAGGAGAUCUUCAACUGCCAUCUACAACGGACUCUGGGGUAUGGAAAUUCCACUGAAACGGGUUACAGCAGCCUUCGCUUUCGGCCAAUUAGGACUCUCAGCACACCAGUGGAGAACCUGAGGCGCUGUAAAGUUGUGGGAAUAAUUGAUAAGGUGCAGAUAGUGCAGGACCCGGCUACUGGGGGGACCUUUAUACUGAAGAGCCUCCCCAAAUCUCAUGUGGAGACCCGUGAAAGGCAGACGAUCAUCCCACAUGGGAUCCCUUUUAUGGCUGAAUUGUUGCGCUACUCUGUAAGUGAGGACUCCAUCUUCCUCCACUUGGAACAUGUGAAGGGGGGGACCCUCUGGCUCCAUCUUCACUCACAUCCUUGUUUCCAGCACGAUGCCUCUGACUGCUCCCGUAUGCAGAGUCCAAAGCUCAGCUUGGCUUUGGGGCAAACCAGUGAGGACGGCUUCAUUGGAAAUCCUCAAGAAGCUGAUUCUACGUCCCAGCGGAGCUGUGGCGACUACCAUGAGAACAGUGCUGGCCCAAUCUUUGCUCCUGUAAAUCACCACCUGUUGAGAAGUGAUGACCAUUCAUUGACUCGGUCACCUGCCCACAUGCAUGCCAGAGCAGUGACCGACCACAGGUGGCAUAUUGAACCUGCCACCGGGCCUUUGGAAAUUACUGGAGGAAAGGAUUUAAGUACAACACACGCUUUGUUUGGUGCAACAAAAUCGGAUGUAAAACCAACACCUCAGGGACAGAGCCACUUGGUCAGCCAGGGUCUGAUUUUCCCACCACGGGACUCAUUUACCACAGUUGAUGAGAUCAGCAGCAUACCUGAGAGGACCACUCCUCAGCGGGAGCCAAAACGACAGACAGGUGAGAGAUGCAAUCAGUCACACCUGAUGGCAGCAAGAAGAUGCGACAUGUCAAAGACAGAAAGCCCAUGUCGGCCAAUGCCUAGCCUUGCGCAUUCCCCAGCAUCUCUCCCAGGACAAAGGCAGAUCUGUCCUCUUCCACCGAACCACCGCAGUCAGGAGAAUCAGUGGAAGGUGGCACAAAUGAGAGAUGAAGGGCGCUUUGUGCAGGAAGAGCUGGUUCUUGAUCCCCAACAGGACAAAAGCCAGCUGCCAUCAGGACAAUAUGGGUUUCCUGUACAUCAGGCUGCCCAAAGGCAUGACUCUGGAACCUGGGAUAUAAAGGAGAACCAGAUCCAAGUUUGGGCAGCCCAACUGGUUUUGGCUCUGGAGGGUCUCCACCAACAGGGGGUCCUGUGCCAAGAUCUCAACCCACGAAAUCUGCUGUUAGAUGAUACUGGUAACAUCCGUCUCACAUUCUUUGGCCAGUGGAGCGAGGUAGAGCAACAGUGUUGCAGCCAGGCACUGGAAGAUUUAUACUGUGCUCCAGAGGUGGGUGGAAUUUCUCCGCUGACAGAAGCCUGUGACUGGUGGAGCUUUGGUGCACUGCUCUAUGAGUUACUGAGUGGAACGUCCCUAGCUCAGAAUCACCCCUCAGGGAUCCAUCCUCACACCCAGCUCCACCUUCCAGAAAAGCUCAGCCAGUCUGCUUCUUCCAUGCUGUCAGAGUUGCUGCAGUAUGAUCCCGAGCACCGUUUGGGCUCUGGAGAAGAUGGAGUGAGCAGGAUCAAGUCACACCCUUUCUUCAGCACUAUCCAGUGGACCAAGCUGGUUGCAUACUAAGAACUGAAGAAAUGGGUGGCGGGGAGGGAGAAGAGCCACGCUGCCAAAAUGUAACACCUGGCAGUUUUAUCUGCUGGCGUGUGUCUUUGCCAGAGGAUGACCCCUAACCCUUCCAAAAGCACCUGUUCCCCUUGUAGAAUGUCCUGGGCCAGAUGAACCUGGUUGGUGCUAACAUUGCUGUUGCUCAGGGGGAAAACUACAGAGCUGGCUCUGGGUCCUGAUUUUUCAGCCUUGAAUUGCUCUUACUCUACUUUCAGGCUCUCUUUCACUAGCAGUUGAGGGCGGUCAGGUUAGGCAUCAGAGGAGCAUUUAUGAUCCUGGCGCUAUUGUCAAAGAAUCCUGUGAAAAGGCAUGUUUAAGACCAAAUAUUAGGGGGCCCUAUUCGUUGCUCCUUGAGAAAUGUAAGUAGGGCCUCAUCAUAGGCUUCCCCAAAUCAGACAUGGCCCAAAGGGGUAGCUUUCCUCCCCCUCUAGCUUCUGUUGCUUGCCCCCCACUCCCUUGACCUGCGUCCUCUCUUUUCGUGCUCUGCAGUUAUAUCUGCCCCAUCAGU